GAUAAGUUUUUGUAAAAAUGGAAGUACGUGUUGAAGAUGGUUCAAUCAAUUCUGAAGCUAUGACUUCCCAAACUCAAUCAGAGAAUUUUGUUGACAAUGGAUGGGCUUCUUUUCCUGAGGUUGCCAAGAGGGAAGAAGUUAAAAGGAAACAAAAUCCUGAAGAUAGAGCCAACUUUCUCUCAAGGCUCACAUUUUGGUGGUUUAACUGGAUUAUAUCUACUGGUUACAAAAGACCACUCAAGGACAAGGAUUUAUGGGCCUUGAGGAGAGAAAAUCAAGCAACAUAUAUUGUCCCAAAACUGAAAAAGAAAUGGACAGAACAACAAAUGAAAUGCAGAAAAAUAAAUUCAGACAGAAGAAGUCAUAAAGAUGAAGAUGAAUACAAUGAAAGUGAUAGACUAUUGGAUGAUGACAGUGGCCCUGAUGAGGACAUCGAAAAUACCUCAACGAGAAAAGAGGAGAAAAAACCUUCUCUCAGAAAAACACUGGGAAGCCUGUUUGGGUUCAAGUUUGCCCUUGCUGUCUUUUGCAAGCUGUUGCACGAUUUGCUCAUUUUCAUCCAGCCUCAGCUUCUAAAAUUAUUAGUUGGUUAUACUGAAGACAAGGAUGAUAUGUUUGGUCCAUGGAAGGAGUGGAAAGGUUAUGCAUAUGCUGGGGCCAUGUUCGGAGUAGCUGCUAUUCAGUCAUUGGCACUUCACCAGUAUUUCCACAUUAUGCAACAGAUUGGCAUGAGAAUGCGCACAGGCAUCAUUGGUUUGGUUUAUGAAAAGGCUCUAGUAUUGAACAGCAAGGCUAAAGGGAAGACAACAGCAGGUGAGCUUGUGAACCUGAUGUCAGUGGAUGCACAGCGCCUGAUGGAGCUCACGACUUACAUAAACUCAUUGUGGUCAAGUCCACUUCAGAUUGCUGGUUCUCUGUACUUCCUCUAUAAUACUCUUGGACUCUCCAUUCUGGCUGGACUAGGAGUCAUGAUUCUAAUUAUUCCAUUAAAUAUGUUUUUUGGAAGUAGAAUGAGUACUCUUCAGGUAAAACAAAUGAGUGAAAAAGAUGAAAGGAUUAAACUGAUGAAUGAAAUUCUUAGCGGAAUAAAGGUCCUCAAGUUGUACGCUUGGGAGGAGUCCUUCAUGAAAGAGGUGGAAAUAAAACGUAAAAAAGAGCUAAAGUACUUGAGGAAUUCUGAUUUCUGGGCGGCAGGAUUUAUGUUUACGUUUGGCUGUGCACCGACAUUAGUGGCAGUCACCACAUUUGCGAUCUAUGUAAUUACUGGCAAUUUGCUAACAGCUAGUAAAGCUUUCGUUGCCUUGGCCCUUUUUAAUGUGAUGCGCUUCCCACUUGUCAUGCUUCCCGAUGUCAUCGUUUCCUGUGUUCAGGCAAGUGUAUCUCUGAAGAGGCUGCAAGAUUUUCUAAACCUAGAGGAACUGGACCUCAACAGUGUCCAAAGAACAACAUUGUCGUCCUCUGCCGUGUCUAUCGAGAAUGGUACAUUUACGUGGAGCAGCAGAAAUGCACCUGUGUUGAAAGAGGUGUCGUUGCAAAUUCCUAGUGGCUCACUUGUCGCCAUAGUCGGGCAGGUUGGAUGUGGAAAAUCUUCCUUACUUUCUGCCCUCCUUGGAGAUGCUGAGAAAGUGGAUGGAAAUGUCUCUGUGGAGGGAUCUGUGGCGUAUGUUGCUCAGCAGGCCUGGAUACAGAACGCAACUUUACGAGACAAUAUUCUGUUCAGCAAAGCCAUGGAUUCUGCACGCUACGAAAACGUGCUUGAUUCGUGUGCUUUGAGACCUGACCUGGAAAUUCUUCCUGCCGGUGACUCCACAGAAAUUGGAGAGCGAGGUAUUAAUCUUAGUGGUGGACAAAAACAACGUGUAAGCUUGGCUCGUGCUGUGUACUUCAAUGCUGAUAUCUACUUGUUGGACGAUCCGCUCAGUGCUGUGGACUCACAUGUUGGAAAACACAUAUUUGAGAACGUUGUAGGGCCACGAGGAAUGUUAAAAAAUAAGACUCGUUUGCUCGUGACUCAUGGAGUUCAUUUUCUUCCACAAAUGGAUCAAAUUAUCGUGCUCAAGGAUGGAAGAAUUACCGAGUGCGGUACUUACUCAGAGUUGAUGGCAAACUCAGGAGCCUUCGCAGAAUUCUUACAAACCUACUCAUCAGAAAACCACUCUUCAGACAACUCAACAGAAAAUGAAGAACAGGGAUCUGUUGCGAAGGCUAGCUCCAAAGCAAGCAGUUCUGAAGUUAAGGAAGUUAGUCAGAAGGAUGAAAACGAUGAUGAGGACGAACUGGGAAAAAUGAUUGAGGAGGAACGCUCAGAGACUGGAAGAGUCAAGUUCGCAGUAUUCUUCUCCUAUCUCAAGUCUGUGGGCUGUUGCGCUUCCUUCCUAACCAUAGUGUCCUUUCUCCUGAUGGAAGCCUGCACAGUAGGGACAGGAAUAUGGCUGGCGUACUGGAGCUCGGCAAAUGUCACUACAGACGAACAAAGAAACUUGUACUUGGGAAUUUACGGUGGCCUCGGUUUGGGUCAAGGAUUCUUCACUUUCCUUGUUUCUAUUUUUGUCACAGUUGGAGCUAUGAGAGCAUCUCGAAGGUUGCACCGCAACCUUCUAGUCAACGUUAUGCAUUCACCAAUGAGCUUCUUUGACACCACCCCACUGGGGAGAAUUGUCAACAGAUUCUCGAAAGAUUUGUACACUAUUGAUGAUACCAUACCGCGGUGUGUCACGGAUUUUAUUUGGUGUUCACUCGAAAUUAUUGGGAUGAUCGUAGCGAUUAGUUACGCCACUCCGCUGUUUUUAGCUACGUUGCCUGUUGUUGCAAUUUUUUAUUUUUAUAUACAGGUGAGUGAACCAAGGCGAAAAGAAAGCCUUGGACCCGCUUUUGCUGUGACGAGUUUUCCUUGUUUGUAUAUGUGGAAGAAGAGAGUUUAUGUAGCAACUUCGCGGCAGCUGAAGAGGAUCGAGUCCGUCAGUCGGUCACCAAUCUAUAGUCACUUCCUGGAAACAGUGAACGGUGCCAGCACCAUACGAGCAUAUUCUCAACAACGCCGUUUUAUCCUCGAUAAUUACUAUAGGACAGAUGAGAAUCAAGUGGCUUACUAUUCUACUGUAUCCUCAAACAGGUGGCUCGCAGUUCGUCUUGAAUUUCUCGGUAACUGCUUGAUAUUAUUCGCUGGGUUAUUUGCUGUCUUAAGCAGAGACAAAAUCAUGAGUGGAUUGGUGGGAAUGUCGUUAACAUAUUCGUUAGAGAUUACGGAAACUCUCAACUGGGCAGUGCGCAUGACGAGUGAACUAGAAACUCAACUUGUUUCCGUUGAAAGAGUGAAAGAAUAUUCAGAAACAGAUACAGAGGCUAGAUGGAUCAUCCCAGAAAAUCGACCGCCAGACGACUGGCCAUUCACUGGACGGAUUAUAAUGGAUCAAUUUGACUUGAAAUACAGAGAAGGAUUACCUCUUGUACUGAAACAGAUCAGCUGCGAUAUUAAACCAGGAGAAAAGAUAGGCAUUGUUGGCCGAACUGGAGCGGGAAAGUCGUCAUUGACGUUAGCUUUGUUCCGUAUUCUGGAGAGAGCUGGUGGAAAAAUAACCAUCGAUGGUGUUGACAUCGCUACCCUUGGGCUGCAGGAUUUACGCUCGCGGCUAACCAUCAUCCCACAGGAUCCAGUGCUGUUCUCUGGGAGCCUUCGACUUAACUUGGAUCCUUUUAAUAAAUACACUGAUGACCAGCUAUGGCACGUGUUGGAAGUGAGCCACAUGAAGAACUUUGUCUCAGGGCUUAAUGAAGGACUUCAGUACACAAUUGCAGAGGGAGGAGAGAACUUGAGUGUUGGUCAACGUCAGUUGGUGUGCUUAGCGCGUGCGCUGCUGCGUAAAAGUAAGAUCUUGGUUCUGGACGAAGCCACGGCUGCGGUGGACUUAGAGACUGAUGAAUUCAUUCAGCAAACGAUUCGGCGAGAGUUUGCUGACCGCACAGUAUUCACCAUAGCUCACAGGCUCAACACCAUUAUGGAUUAUGACAGGGUGUUGGUUCUCGAUAGCGGCUCCAUUGCUGAGUUUGAUUCCCCUUCAAACUUACUGAGUAGAAAUGGACUUUUCGCGAAAUUGGUUCAAGAUGCCAGGCUUUCCUGAGGAUCUUGUGCAUGAGCAUUGGUUGUGUUUUCGAUUCCAGCCCAUUCCAACACGUGGUCCUUAAAAGAGACUCACGAGUACAUGUUGAACAUGAACACGCGAACAUUAAGUUCACGAGAUAUAUAACCAAGGAAAGCGUUUUUCACGAGAUAAUAUAACCAAGGAAAAAGUUU